AAAACAGAAGUUCAGAUGAAUACCUGAUUUACCCUAAUUGUGGUUAGUGAGCAAUACAGACUUAACAAACUGUAUAGGGAAAAACUGGAUACACAAAGCCCAUUUUUUUCUUUCUCUUUUUCUAUUUUCUCCGCUGAGGCGAAAACUACUCUCCCUCUCUCGGCCAAAAAAGUUACCCAAAGCCGAAGGUACGGUUUUUUUUGAUCCAAACAGCCCUUUUCCCUCUAUCUCCCUGCUUCUGACACUACUCAGACCAUCUCUUCAGCACAAUCUUCACAAAGAAAACAAAGCUUAAACUUGUCCACAAUCUCAACGCCCACUAAACCGGAAAAGAAAACAGAAAACAGUAAACGAAAAAACAAAGGUGUUAAAGGGUAUUAUAUGCAUUCUCCAUGAAAUCAAGAAAACUGAGUUGGGGUUUUUGAGAUGGGUAGCUCUGAUGACCCUAACAGCAACAUUAAGGCUAUUGAUGCUUCAGUGGGCAGUUUAGUUUGGGUUCGCCGUCGAAACGGGUCUUGGUGGCCGGGUCGGAUUAUGGGUCUUGACGAGAUUUCUGAGGGUAGUUUGGUUUCACCGAGAUCAGGCACUCCUGUUAAGCUUCUGGGUCGUGAGGAUGCUAGUGUGGACUGGUAUAAUCUGGAAAAAUCAAAGAGAGUGAAGGCAUUUCGAUGUGGGGAGUAUGAUGAAUGCAUUGAGAAGGCGAAGGCAAAUGCAGCAAAUGGAAAUAGGAAGGCUGUGAAAUAUGCUCGAAGGGAAGAUGCCAUUCUUCAUGCCCUGGAAAUUGAAAAUACUCGCCUAGGGAAAGAUCGUGUCAAUUUCUUUCCUAGAAAUAAUGACUCAGGUGGUGAGCUUGGUUCCUCAGCUAAAGACUCACCUAGCAUGUCUGAUUCUGGUGAAGAAGAUGUGCGUAUGACAGAAGAUGAAGAGGAAGAGGAGGAAGAAGAAGAAGAAGAUGAAGAAGAAGAAGAGAGUGACUCUGGUAAUUCUAAAGAAGACUCAGAGUCUGAUUCAGAUUCAGGUUCAGAUUCAGAUUCAGAUUCAGGUUCAGUUUCAGAUUCAGACUCAGAUUCAGGCUCAGGUUCAGAUUCUGGAUCAGAUUCAGCACCAGAAUUAUCUCAAUCUGGUAUAUCUUUUGAAGAGCCCAAUCAUUUUGGUGCUACUAAGACGCAACCUGUACAGGGAAAACGAAGAAGAACGCCAAAUGAUUCAGAGGAUGAUGGAACAGAAGGCAUUAAGCGUAUGAGAGGGCUUGAGGACCUUGGAAUGGUUGUAGGAGAUUCAAAUGCUGGGAAUUGCUUGUCAAAUGGCAGUCCUAUGAACGGCAGCAAAGGUUAUAACUCAUCCAUGAAAAGAAAGAGAUCUCAAGUAGCAAAUGUUCAUGAGUUCUUAAAAAGAAAAAAUCGCCGCCGACCAUUGACAAAAGUUUUGGAGAGUACAGCAAUGGUGUCUGUUCCAGUUAUUUGCGACCAAAUUCCCAAUUCAACUGGUUCACCUCUACAUGGAUUAUCUGAAAGCAAAGUUUCUGGUAUAGAUUCUAAUGAAUCUAGAAAAAGCUUUUGUGUAAUAGUUAAUAAUACCUCAGAAAGUACUGGAAUUUCGUGCGAGAAUGGUGCAUCUCUAAAUCCUUCUGAACAUGCUCAUGAUACUUCCUAUGUCAAUUGCAAGCUGAAGCAGGAGAAUGAUGCUUCUGGGGUAUCAGGGUUUGCAGAGAAUGACUCUUCAGAUAGGUUAUUUGACGUUCCAUUUGUUGGGGAGGAAAAACAUUCUGCAGGUUUUUCUCCUGUGUUUGUGCCUUCCUCAGGAAGGCAUCUAGUUGGUGGAUUGGGGAGGCAAUCUAGUCAAGGUAGUCAAGCAGAAGCCGCAUGUCUGAAAAAUGGAGGACUCAAUGAAUCUGGCUCUACCAGUUCAGCGCCCGCUCAAUUUAAUAACUUCAGCCAAAGGAUGGAGAGAGAUACGUCAAAGUGGCAGUUGAAAGGAAAGAGGAAUUCAAGACAUAUCAGUAAAAAUAGAAAACAAGAGAAGAGAAAAUAUUUGUCCAUGAAUGAUGAACCCAAUGCUUAUUUGGCAGGUUUGGAGCACUUUGAUGGAUUCUUUCAGGGAUCUGGUCAGAAAGCAGAUUGUGAUAGCACUAGAGGGCCCCUUGCUUCAUACAAUUGCAACUUGCCAGUAAAUUUCAAAGGGUUUGCUGGUAGCCAUGUUGAGGGUGUCCGUGAUUGGCGCAAAUCUUUUUCUCAUAGGGAAAAUCAUGUGAGAGGGGCCAUGAUGGAGGUGUCCUUGUCCCCUCAAAGGUUGCUUCCCUAUCGUCAAUCGCGCUUUACGGUUAACUCCAGGUAUCAGACAUCAGAUUUUCCUGGCAGAACUAUCACUGAUUCUAAACUAUAUGAUGUUAAGCUUGAAGUCAAGGCAAACUACCAGCCACAAAAUGUUCCACUGGUUUCCCUCAUGAGUAAAUUGAAUGGCAAAGCUAUUAUUGGCCGCCCGUUGACAAUUGGACAUCUAGCUGAUGGAUACUGCGAUGUUAUUGUCAGUAGCAUUGAAUGCGAUCCAACUCGUGUAUAUGCUGUAGAAGCCCCACAAGGGGUGCGGAAUUCAGAAUCUGGAAGGAUUCCUGCCAAGCAUAUAACAAUGCAACCGCGAUUCUCACCGAGUAAAUCACCUAAAAGGAAAAGUGGGCUUUUGUCUAAAAAGAUCCGGAAACUAUCGUCAUUGACUGGUAAUAAAGAAGAAUAUAGAAAACCAGUGGUGGAGAAACUCAAGGGUCCGGUCAUAGCUUGUAUCCCUCUCAAAGUAGUGUUUAGUAGGAUAAAUGAGGCAGUGAAUGGCUCGGCACGACAGACACACCGGGCCUUAACAUCAAGCAACUCAUGAAUUUGGUUCUUGGGGAAGAGUUGCAGAAUGUGGAAUUCUACUCAUGAAUUUGGUUUGUUGGUAAUUCGGGAAGAUCUUAGCUGCACUGCUCAUUCAAAUCAAAUGCUCUUCCAUUAGCAAUGUGUACUCCGUCCUGAAGGUAGAAAUCCUCUGUAUAAUUCCAUGACCAAUAUAAUUGUUGUAGAAAAGGAAAGAAUGGGAAGAAAAUGGAUGGAGGCUGGUUUUGGCUCUGUAUAUAUGUAACAUUAGUUGAGGUGUAAAGAUGGUGAUCUGGUAUUAGGUACUUGUAUCCUGAUAUUAGGUUUAAUUUAUGAAUUUGAGGCUCAGGGCAGCGGGGCUAAUAACUUAAUUUUCAGUGACGGGUCUGGGACCGUGAUGAGUAGUAAUUUUUAUUCUAAGCCAUCUUUUUCAUUGUUUUAUUUUAUUGCUUGAAUGCAAAGUGUAACUGUUCCAAUUACAGCAGAUGAUGGUAAAGGCAGGCAUUAUUGAGUAUCCUUUUGUUUACUA